AUGCACCGAUUCAAUAUAGACGCAAGAGCAACAGGGCAUCACCAACCAGCCGCUAUGUCGCAAGCUCCACCUCCCGCACUGUCCAUCGAACCCCGAGCUAAGCCAAAAGCGAUCGAGUCCACAUCAGAGCAACCGACUCCUGUCCUUCCCAUGUCUCAGAGACUCUGGGAUGCUGCGUACAACAGCCUCGCGGAGGACAAGGAUACCGCAAAGCUUGUCGAGUCGUACAUGGAAACCCUGAACAAAGUUCUAGGGGACAGGACUGUUGAACCCGCCGUCGACGUUUCCUCAACACUGAAAGACCCGAGCCAGCGGCAGGCGCACAUGAGAAAGCUGGUAGAGGAAGGCCAAGCAAAAAUUUCCAAGUUGUUGAAGAUUACGCAGGGAGUCGGUGAUGCCGCCCAAUUCGUUCUCUCAGCCAAGGCCAUGGUCGACCUGGCGAUCCAGAACAUACCGCAAGCAGCGCUGCCGUGGGCUGGUGUCUGCAUUGGACUGCAGAUCCUGCUGAAUCCUGCUGAAGCAAUAGAGUCCAACCUGGCGGGCAUCGUGCAUGUUAUCUCCCGGAUGGACUGGUAUUGCGCCUUGACCGAACAUAUCCUAAGCCAGAACAACAUUGUAGUAGGGAAGGAGAGUUUCAAGUCUGUCCAGCUUCAGUUGGAAAACAGGAUCGUUGAGCUCUACAAGGCUCUCCUUCUGUAUCAGAUGAAGAGCGUUUGCUCUUUCUACCGGCAUAAAACCUGGAUCGUUCUCCGUGGCCUUGCGAAGGUCGACGACUGGGAUGCCUAUCUGAAGAGUGUCACAGAUACCGAGGCAACUCUUCAGACUGAUCUGAAUCAGUUUAACAGUCAGCAUACCAAGAGCCUCCUAGGGAAGCUUGUCGAGAAAGCGGAAGAAAGGAAAGCGCUACUUGGAGAUAUUCAUCAAGCUCUUCAAAGCAGCAUCGCUGUGCAAGAGAAGACCCACAAAGCUGUCCAGGAUGGCAACACUCUGCGCAAGGAGAUUCACCGAGAUGAGAAGGAUACGCAAUGCCUCCAAGACCUCCGCCUAACCGACCCGCGCGACGACAAGAAGCGCAUCCAAAACACGAAAGGUGGCCUGUUACGAGACGCGUAUCACUGGAUCCUUGACAACUCUGAAUUCCAACAAUGGCGCAAUAGCCUGGACAGCAACCUGCUCUGGAUCAAGGGCGAUCCCGGCAAGGGCAAGACAAUGUUACUCUGCGGUAUUAUCGAUGAGCUGCAGAAAUCGACUUCGGGAACAGGCCCUCUAUCAUUCUUUUUCUGCCAGGCCACCAACGAGCAGAUCAGCAAUGCCCCCGCCAUCCUACGCGGCCUCAUCUACAUGCUCCUCGACCAGCAGCCAUCACUUAUCCCUCAUGUACGGAAAAAGUACAAGCAUGCAGGAAAAGCCCUCUUCGAAGAUGCGAAUCGAUGGGUUGCUUUAUCCGAGAUCUUCAAAAACAUUCUGCAAGACCCAAGCCUGGAGGGCGCCUACCUGGUCAUCGAUGCGCUCGACGAAUGCAUAAGCGGCCGGCGAGAACUUCUCGAAUUUAUCGUCGAGAUGACAUCUACGGUUCCUCACGUCAAGUGGAUCGUCUCCAGUCGCAACUGGCCAGAU